GCUGACUCAAGAGCAAGUGUUGGCGCUCAUCCGCGAGCAUACGGGCCUCAUCCACGUCGACGAGGACCUCACCAAGAAGCUGCGCGCAGCAUCCACCAUUCCGCACUUGGCGGACACGCUACUUGUCAUGGUUCGCGAGCCGAGCCAGACGGUUUCAGUGCCCUCGCCUCAGCGCCGCAACCCACAGCAGAGGAGCCCGCGGUGAAGCGUGAGAUUCUGGCCCCUGUGGUCCCGUCGAUGACGACGAUCACCUUCCUCAUCACGCUCAACAUCCAGCCGACGGCCGAGACUGAGAAGAUCCGAGAGAUCCUCGCUCAGUUGGCUCAGAGCGUCGCCGCGAAGCCUGGUGCGUCGUUCUACCAGUCCUAUCAGAAGCGCCCGGACCAGAUCGAGUUUAUCGAGACCUUCCGUGAUUCCGACGCCGCGCUUUGGCACCUCCAGAACCAGGACCAGGCUUUGGCAGCCUUGUGGUUCACGCAGAUCGCGCUGGAGAGCAUCACGAUCAUUGGGCCGGCAUCGGAGGCCUUGCGCAAUGAGCUGGCGGGUUAUCCGCGUGCGAACAAGCCGGUCUACAUCGCUGGCCUGAGUGGGUUCCCGCCACAGGUGAACUAG